GUCCUCGUCGGUGGAACAGCAGUGAUGGCGUGUCCUGUCGAUGACGUCAACGCCUACAGAGUCACGUGGACAAAAGAGAACAGUCUAUUGGCUGAGAUACCACAAGUUGGCACGCCCCUCAUCCCUCCGGCCUUAUCAGGUAGAGUAAGUGUAAACGGAAGUGACGUCAUAAUCCAAGGGGUUGAACUUCUGGACGAAGGCUCUUAUACCUGUGCUGUACUGGAUACAAGUUUCACUACCGAGGUCUCAACAGUGGGCCUUCUGGUUAGAGUCCAGCCCCAGACCCCGGUCAUCACGCUUUCUGGUUCCCCGGCCGCCGGUCAGCUGCAGCCCGGCACGAACGUGACGCUGGUCUGUCACAGCUGGUCAGGCCGUCCGGCAGCGCAACUCACCUGGUACAGGGACGGACACCUAGUCAACGGCACCUAUCUAGCUGUGCACGACCCCGACGGUUUUGGCAGCGCCACCGUGACGGUGCCGUUAACAGUGACGGAGGCGGAUGACGGUGUUGUGUACGAGUGUGUGGCGUCCGGCCCGGCUCCUAUCGUCACGCAAACCGCCACGGUUACACUGGAUGUCGCGACAGUUCAAACACCAGCUGUUAUCAAGACGACCGUACCAUCACAUGUGGACUCACCUGGAAUAACAACAGACCUACCAGCCGGUGGAGUGGCGGCGCUAGCCGGUUCUAGAGCCCUGCUGUCCUGUGACGUCGGUAAUGUGCCGGUGGCUAAAAUCACCUGGGAGAAUGACAGGGGGCUGGUAGCUGAGCAAACGACAGGAUCAGUUGCCCUGAUUCCCCCCGUACUGAGGGACAGGGUACAGGUGAACGGAAGUGACGUCAUCAUGGAUCCGGUACUGGUGUCGGAUGAGGGCCAGUACUCCUGCACUGUUCUACACAGGGACACGUUCCAAGAACUUACCGACACUGUGGACUUGCUUGUCAGAGUCCAGCCCCAGGCCCCGGUCAUCACGAUCCCAGGUUCCCCGGCCGCCGGUCAGCUGCAGCCCGGCACGAACGUGACGCUGGUCUGUCACAGCUGGUCAGGCCGUCCGGCAGCGCAACUCACCUGGUACAGGGACGGACACAGCGUCAACGGUGUGUACACGUCAUCCGCUGACGUAGACGGUUACGCUAACGCGACCUUAGCCGUGACCUUGACGGUGACGGCGGCAGACGACGGCGUGACGUACGAGUGCGUGACGUCAGGACCUCCGCCCGUCGUCACAGAGAGAGUAGAGGUCACAUUAAGGGUUCUUCUUCCCACCACUACAACAGUAGUUACAACCACAGAAACUACAACGAGAGAAACUACAAGUACAGAAGAUACAGCGACUACAAGACGAACUACAACGCAGAACAGCGACAGCCAUGCUACAGUACCAUCAGCCACUGGGACGGUACAAACGACAGGAAAGGGAGACCAAACAGAUGAGUCACACACGACACGCACGCCUCCAGGCGGAGGAGUGGUAGAAGCGCAGUCGGGAACUCCGCUCUUGACCGAGCCGCAGAUCAUCCUGGUGGUGAUCGGGACCGCCAUGUUACUGGUCAUCCUCGUGGCCUCAGUCGUCGCGGUGCAGAAAGGGUGCUUCAGGAGCAAGUGGGAAGCAAACUUGACGACCGGCAGUAUAAGCCAGUCGGUGGGGAGCAGCUACAGGGCCAACAUCCUUUACGCCAACGCCGGAAACGGAUAUGACGGCCCUGCCAGUGAAAUGGAGAUGAAGAACAAAGAACUCAUCAAACCUCCUCCGGAAAAAAUCAUUUAAAUCUAGAAAUAUCAGUUAUGGUGCAAUCACAUUGGCCAUAGGUCGUCGCACGACGUUGUGGAAUUUUAAAGCAGAUUGUGGCAGAACCAACCGCCGACAACGAUACAACACAGACAUUUUGGAAAUAAGGAUGUAAGACAGCCAUUUUCAAAACAAGACAGCUAAUUAAAUUAUGCAGCAGAACACUGGCAGGACUAGUCCCCUGUCCUCAGUUUUGAAUCGUACGACGAUCAUACAACGUCUUUACAUCGUACAAUGACACUUACGAGUAGCUAAACAUUACGUUUGUAGUAGUAAAUGCACAUUCUUAGGUACUUUACUUCUUUACAUUCUUAGGUAAUCAAUAUUUACAGAGGUAUUUAAAAAGUUUGUCAGAAAAUUUGAAAAUACGUUGAUGACCUACGUGUAUAUUUCUUAACGCCAAAUUUCUAGUAGAAAGACGUCAAAUUCUCUAGGGUUUAGAACUAGUAUUUAGUGGUAUUUUUAAACACGACUUCUUGUUUUUCCUCUGGUAUUUCAAGUUCUUGACAAUGGAGUCGUCACCUGUUGUGCCCCUUUCACGCCCACAAAACCACCCACCUCUUCGAAAGGGAAGUAAAAACAUCGGGAGAAACUGUCUUGUCCAAUCGCAUGGCGUGUCACAGAAGGCAUUCCGUCCGUCAUUCAGUCUAACCAACUGUGGCGACCCUAUUGUUGACCUGAAAAACUUCGUUUUCACCAGACCCCUGAGAAAACCAGCGGGCGUGAAGCCAAGCAAAACAUGGCUUAAAUGUUUCACUAGGGCUUUAGACAGGUUGAAGAGUUAGGCUAUGUAUUAAAGUUGUCACAUUUUGUAUUUAGUUGCCGUUUUGCUUCAACUGAUGUAUUCAAUUUAAGUCCAGCAGUUCGUUUCACAUACAAAUGUAGCUAGUGGGGGAUAUAGUAGAUCAGGGAACCGUGUUAACCCCUUGAGAGCCUCGCCAGGUGUGCUCAAGCAAGCGGUUGAUUGACAGUAUUGUCCGGG